UGUGACGUCAACACGUCAGCUCGUUUAUGUUUACAUCGCGUCAGUUUUUCGCAGGCGAGCUAGGCGAUAUUGUGGCCGCAUCCAAACAUGUCGCUGGGAAAUUCACAACAUACGUGUUCAUGUAACUGAUGGACGUCGUAGGUUUGUGCGACACAACCGCCGUGGUCCGUAUUCACACGUAAAGGCACACCUCAGGUCUGUCUCUAGAAGCUCUUCUCCGGUCACCAUGGGCGGAGCCGUCAGUGCGGGAGAGGACAACGAUGAGUUGAUCGACAACCUUAAGGAAGCCCACUAUAUCCGUUCAGAUCUGGUGGAAAGAGCCUUCAGAGCCAUCGACAGAGCUGACUAUUAUCUGGAGGAGUUUCGUGACAAUGCUUAUAAAGAUCUGGCAUGGAGGCAUGGAAACCUCCAUCUGUCUGCUCCGUGUAUUUACUCUGAGGUGAUGGAGGCCUUGGACCUGCAGCCUUGCCUGUCUUUUCUUAACCUGGGCAGUGGAACGGGGUAUCUCAGCACCAUGGUGGGCCUUAUACUAGGUCCAUUUGGUGUAAAUCAUGGUGUUGAACUUCACGCUGAUGUGGUCGAAUAUGCCUAUCAGAAACUUGACUUCUUCAUCAAAAACAGUGACAGCUUUGACAAGUUCGAGUUUUGUGAACCCACCUUUGUGGUGGGGAACUGUCUGGAGAUCCCACCAGAGAGCAGACAGUACGACAGGGUUUACUGUGGUGCUGGAGUCCAGAAGGAGUAUGAGAACUACAUGAAGAACCUGUUGAAGGUUGGCGGCAUCUUGGUUCUGCCCCUGGAGGAAAAGUUAACCAGGAUCACCCGCACAGGUCAAAGCUCCUGGGAGACCAAGAAAAUCAUUGCUGUGACUUUUGCCCCACUGGUUCAGCCCAAGCAGAAUGUCAACGGCAGACCUAAAAGCGUCCCCUUACCCAUUUUUGAUGUGCGGACUUUGCAGGACCUUUGCCGGAUCGCUAUCCGACACACUCUGCGUCAGCCUAUAGCCAUGGGGGAAGGACGGUCAAAGAGACGCGUGUCUUUCCCGGGGGCUCGGGCCAUGCAUCGCUACGGCCCCCGUUUCGAACGGCGCCGUUUCUGUCGCCGGUUCUACAGGCAGUGCGUCAACUCCGUGGUCCUCCACGACUCAAUGAUUCCCACCGCAAUGGACGACUGCAACUACCCCGGCGAAGUGGAGGAGGAAGAAGAGGAGGUGGAGGAGGAAGAGGAAAGAAGUUGUCGCAGAGUGAGAGAAGACCUGCCCGAGGAAGACGAGGAGGAAGGUGUUUGUACCGAAGAUGAGCAAAGCACAGGCGGGGCGGCCUGCGCCGAGCCUCCUGUUAACAUUCUGAGGGAGAGGAUUCUGAGACUCCCAUUACCUGAGCCACUGAAGAUGUAUCUGCUGUAUUAUAGGGAGAAAUGAAGCAUAAUGAGACGUGAUGAGACAUAAUAGGAGCGGUGUAGCGCUAAAGCGAUUAGGCAUAGAGAAAAGAUUUCCUCUUCUACAAACUUCUCGAACUGGAUUAGCAUGACAAUGAAGUCCUUCGAAAAUGACAUCAUGAUAUCCAUAUCCCUUUGACAAGCAAAGCAACUGGAUUGGAAAUGUACAGAAAUGGAAGUGAAGGACCGAGCUAAAUUUCCAGAACAAUCGCCCGAGCUCAAAUUUGAGGCUACAUAAUUUCAGCGUUCCACUCACUUGAGAUGAUCCACCGUGCCGUCCCUGUGGGCAUUGCGUGAGGUUGCAUCAAGCUCUUUUAGAGGAGCAUCACUUUGAGAUGUUCUAUAGAUUGAUAUGAUGGACCCAAGAGUUGAAUAUUUUUCUAUAGCUUUACAAAAGACCCCAAAGUUGGCCCUUUACUCUUACUCUUCUAAAGUAACUUACAGUGUCUGCAUGUCAGUAUUCAGAUUUGUGACAGAGAGUGUAUCAUAUAACAUCAUGUAGUUUUGAUUACCGUUGCCGGUUGUUAUAUUUCUCACGGCAAUGUAAUGUCUUCACAGUCGGGGGAUGUCAUUUUUGGCCUCGGUUAUCAGCCCUCAGAUACAAGAAAUGGUAUACAAUAUCAUUUCAUGAUAUCACAAGCAAUUUCAUUGUAUAGAUCAUAUGGAACACAGUGAACAUUUUUAUUGAAAUUCCAUUUAUUAGUAAUCACAAAUGUUUUAUUGUUGUCGUCAGAUACAUAAAGCACUUUGAUAGGGCUGUUAAAGGAUUAAUGUUUUUAUAAAUACAAAAUUCACAUGCACAGUACACAGACUAAUAUUAUGUAAACACAAACUUUCAUUCUGGAUUUGAUUAAUCGCUAUUAAUCCUUUGAGAGCCAAACACUAUUGUUCACCUAAAUGCUUCAUAUUUCAAUUCAAUUACGAAAAUUUCAGUCGUUAUGCUUAAAGUCCAUGAACCUGCAUAGGAAGAUAUUUUAGUAUUUUUUUCUUUUUCAGACAGAAAAAGACCAAAAUGUUACCUUUAUUGUUUGACCAAAAAUAGGGGGAAAAAUCUGCUUUUAGUUGGGGCACUCUGAGCAUACUGUAGGUGGAUCUGGCAACCCUUGGACUGGAUUUCUACACUUGAGUUUUGGGUGCAACUGCUUUUCAUUAUUUGUCCUUGAUGAGACCAAUGGUUUAGUCGCCCUUUAAUCUUGGAUAUUAUCAUCGUAAUUACAGCGAAUUCUUUUGCUCAUUUGUAAUACAUGCCAACCAGGUUUUGCUUCAGAAGACUGUGUCCUUGUAGGAAAUAAAUCAUUCAAUAAAGUUUGAGUUUGCAC